AUGCUUAAACAAACUCUUAUCUUGGCCUUAGCUUACGUUGCCGCUGUCUCUUGUGCCAUUAUUCCCGUCGCUAAGCCUGAAGCUGAAACUGAAUACCAGGGUUGCCCUACUAGCGUCGAUGGCAGCAACCCUGAUAGAACGUUAAAUGAAUGA